AUGACGAAUUCAGCCUUGGAAUUAAGUCAGAAUAAGGUUUCUCCCAUAGUCAACCGAGGUGUGUUCAUAUAUGGACAAAGAACAUGUGGGAGAGGACUGCAGUUAAAUGCAUCUCUAGCUGUUGCUUGGGGAUAUCUUGGGAAGUUGUCUCUUAAAGUGGACGAAAAGAAAUUGGCAAGGCAAGUGUUUGGUCGGGUGCGAAGUAUCGAUCCCGACCUUGCAUUGCCAUGGGCUAGCAUGUCAGUCAAGUCUUAUGUGAGUAAGGAGUCUGCACCAGAUAAGGCAUUUGAAAGCUGUUCCCGAGCAGUGCAGAUAAUGCCUUUAGCUGAAUUCUAA